AUGGCUGUUGCCAUUGAUCCAGGUCAUGGGUUCAGGCCAUUUACUCGACCUCCUAGAUGCAAACUCCAGUCUUACACUCAGCUUGAUUACACGAUGCUCAACUUCAGUCAAUCCAAGCUUACAUACUCCUUGAAACAUGCAUUCGAGUUCACUAACAUCCACAAAAGCUUCUCCACCCCAUGCCUAUCUCAUUCCUCUAGAGUUGAGGAUGAAUCUGAUAUCAAUGCUAGGAUUGAAAUCAUUGGUGGUUGUGCCACACCAAGAGUAUGUACUAUGGUUGUUGAGGUUGCCAUAGCUAUGGCCUCUGGCAUCAAUCCCGAGCCAGUCUCUAGUGGGCUUGGUGGGGCCUAUUUUCUGCGCACUCGAAAUGGUGAUCCUAUAGCCGUUGCAAAGCCCAUAGACGAGGAACCUCUGGCAUUCAAUAAUCCGAAAGGCUUUGGUGGCCGUACGUUUGGUCAACCAGGAAUCAAACGCUCAAUUAAGAUAGGUGAAACUGGCCUGCGCGAAUCCGCUGCUUAUCUCCUUGACCAUGGUGGAUUUGCCGGUGUCCCUCCUACAGUAUUAGUCAAAUUUUCUCAUGUCAAAUUUAAUGUAAAUAGUUCAGAACCAGUUCUGGCCCCGCUUUAUAAGAUCGCAUCACUUCAACGUUUUGUAAAUCACGAUUCUGAUGCGGGAGAUUUGGGCCCUUCACGCUUCUCCGUCUCCUCUAUACACCAUAUAGGGAUACUAGAUGUUAGACUGAUGAAUCUUGACAGACAUGCUGGGAACAUUCUAGUGAAGCAGGGGCAAGAGAGUUAUGCCGCAGGAAAAGCUGAGCUAGUUCCCAUAGAUCAUGGAUUUUGCUUACCUGAAUCACUUGACGAUCCAUAUUUUGAGUGGUUGCAUUGGCCACAAGCCUCUAUACCCUUCUCGGAGUCUGAAGUUGAAUACAUAUCCAGUCUUGAUCCAUUUAAAGAUGCAGAGCUGCUAAGAGUUGAACUUCCAGCAAUUAGGGAGUCCUCCAUUCGGAUUCUUGUGCUUUGCACAAUCUUUUUGAAGCAAGCAACGGAUUAUGGGUUUUGCCUUGCUGAUAUAGGUGAAAUGAUGACUAGAGAGUUUGAAGGAGAAGAAGAGAAUUGGAGCGCAUUCGAGAAUAUCUGUAUAAAUGCCAGGGCUAGCUUGAACUGUGGAAGAAGUGAUGAUAUUGUCUGCAGUGAUCAUGAUGAAGACGAAAUUUGUGAGAUUUUCCAAUUUGAUGAAAAUGAAUAUGGCCCCAAUCAGGUUUUAGAUUUUCCUCAGAACUUACAGAAUUUUCCGACAAUAAGUGGUAAGCCACCAAAAAUUCCAAGAUAUUCAUCACUGAGUAUAUUAGAUGACUCGACGAUGUUUCCUUCGAAUGAAAAUGAGAAUUGUCAAGAUUUGAGUACCAGAUGGGAUGAUGAUGCAAUUGAGGAUGAGAAUUCCAAGGCAGGUCGCUUGAUGAGAAGUGUGAGUUUCCCCGCUCCAAAAUAUAGCCAUGAAGCUGAAGGAAUUUCUUUCGGGGAAAUGAAUGAUCAGGAAUGGGUAUUUUUCUUGGAUAGUUUUGAAAAACUUCUGCCAGAGGCUUUUAAGGGAAGAAAAUCCAUAGGAUUGCCAAAGCUAAGGUUGGGAUCCUCUUGUGAAUUCUGA